AUGGUCAUGGAGCCCAAGAAGAACCAAAAUCUACCAAGUUUCUUAAACCCAUCACGACAGAAUCAGGACAACGACAAGAAGAGGAAACAAACAGAGGUUAAAGGUUUCGACAUUGUGGUCGGCGAAAAGAGGAAGAAGAAGGAGAAUGAAGAGGAAGACCAAGAAAUUCAGAUUCUUUAUGAGAAGGAGAAGAAGAAACCAAACAAAGAUCGUCACCUUAAAGUUGAAGGAAGAGGUCGUAGAGUUAGGUUACCUCCACUCUGUGCAGCAAGGAUUUAUCAAUUGACUAAAGAAUUAGGUCACAAAUCAGAUGGUGAGACUCUUGAAUGGUUGCUUCAACAUGCUGAGCCAUCGAUACUCUCUGCUACUGUAAAUGGUAUCAAACCCACUGAGUCUGUUGUUUCUCAACCUCCUCUCACGGCUGAUUUGAUGAUUUGUCAUAGCGUUGAAGAAGCUUCAAGGACUCAAAUGGAGGCAAAUGGGUUGUGGAGAAAUGAAACAGGACAGACCAUUGGAGGGUUUGAUCUGAAUUACGGAAUUGGGUUUGAUUUCAAUGGUGUUCCAGAGAUUGGUUUUGGAGAUAAUCAAACGCCUGGACUUGAAUUAAGGCUGUCUCAAGUUGGGGUUUUGAAUCCACAGGUUUUUCAACAAAUGGGUAAAGAACAGUUCAGGGUUCUUCAUCAUCAUUCACAUGAAGAUCAGCAGCAGAGUGCAGAGGAAAAUGGUUCAUAAAGCUCAAACCUUUAAAUGGCUUUUAAUUAGAUAUAUUUAGCGAGAAUGUGAUUGCUAGUGAAAUCUCAAACUUGAUAGCUUAUUCAUAGCUUAUUUUACUUCGAUCAGCAAGAGAACAAUGGUUCCUAAAGCUCAAACCUUUUUUGGCGUUUGCUUUAGAUUGUGCAUACAUAAAGUGAGAAGAUGAAAUAUGGUUUUGCUGAAAUCUCAAUGUGCUCAUUCAUAGUUUAUUUUGCUCGACC